GGGGGGACCUGAUCCGAUGGCGUCCGAUGACGACGCGAACCCACUCGGGGCGCCAUCCGGGUCCAGGUGUUAUCCGGCACCGGCGCCAUCGGCGUCGUCGUCGGCUGCCACCGUCAGCAAGCCGCAGCACAAUCAACCACCGCCGACUCAACCGAAGUACCACCGCAACCGACGUCACACGCUUGCCAACGUGCGCUUCAUGGACAACGUGGAAGGGUCUGGCUCUGGCGGGAGCGGUCCGUCCAGUGGCGUCAUGAGCGUGGCGGGCGGAUUCACGAGCCGCCGCUCGCCCCUGCUGCUGCCAUCCGGUGACGGCGGGGCUGUCGGUGGGAGCGGUGCCGGCCCGGUGGGGGGCUUACUGUCCGCGGCGCUCCCGCAGCGCCGCGAGUCUUUCCUGUACCGGUCGGACUCGGACUUCGAGAUCCUGCCGAAGGUGUCGUCGGUGUCCCUGCUGGCGGCGCGCUGCAGCGGCGCAAGCAGCGGCUCGGCCACCGCCUCCACCGGCAGCGGCAGCGGCGGCACGCUACCGAUCCUGCGCGACGGACCAUUCCACUCGUCCAGUGCCGGUGGCGAUUCGGCGGACGGCGACCCGGGAACCGGGUCCUGGGUCCUGCAGCAGCCCUCGAUUGUGUCGUCGCCGUCGAGCAGUGCCGCCACGAUCGUCGGCGGCGGCGGCGGCGGCGGCGGCGGCGGCGGCGUGGCUGUCAACGUUAGCGUCACGUCGACGUCGUCGACUACCGAGCGGACCACAAUGAUGAGCGGGUCGGGUGGGGGCGGUGGCCCCGGUGGGCACCACGACGACCUGAUCGUCACCCCGUUCGCCCAGAUCCUGGCCAGCCUACGGACGGUGCGUGCCAAUCUCUACACCCUCGCGUCCGUCAUACCGGAAGCGAUCGCCGAUCGCCCUGUACCACUGCGUUAUUACGUGUGUUCCCCCGCCCCCUCUCUCUGCAGCGGCGAGGACCGGGCACCGGGCACGGAAGGGGACGUCCGGCAGCUGGCGUCGGUGACGAUUGACGAGCUCGAGUGGUGCCUCGAGCAGCUGGAAACGGUACAGACCCACCGGAGCGUGUCGGACAUGGCGUCACUCAAGUUCAAGAGGCUACUCAACAAGGAGCUGUCGCACCUGAGCGAGUCGAGCAAGUCCGGGAACCAGAUCAGCGAGUACAUCUGCACCACCUUCUUGGACAAGCAGCAGGAGCCGGACGUGCCGUCGGUGCCGCUCAUGGUGGGCUCCAUGCUAGGGAGCCGCCCGUCGGGGGUCGCCGGCCGGAUGUCGGAGAUCAGCGGGUUCAAGCGGCCGCUACAGCACACGAACUCCUUCUCGGGUACGGGUGCCGGCGGCGUCGGGCCGGCCGGCGGCGGCGGCAGCCUAGCGGACCGCCUGCCGCCGUACGGCGUCCCGACGGCGACGGCCGCCGACGAAGCCGAACUGGGCGCGCUGUUGGUCCAGGUCGACCAGUGGGGCGUCGACAUCUUCCGCAUCAGCACGCUCAGCGGCAGCCGGCCGCUUACCGCCGUGGCGUACACCGUCUUUCAGGAUCGGAACAUACCGCGCACGCUGACGAUCCCACCGGCCGUGCUGCUCGCGUUCGUGAGCACCGUCGAGGACCACUACGUGGCCGACAACCCGUUCCACAACUCGCUGCACGCGGCGGACGUGACGCAGAGCACGCACGCCUUGCUCCAUAGUCCCGCCCUGGACGGUGUGUUCACGCCGCUCGAGGUGUGCGCGGCGCUGGUGGCGGCCUGCAUCCACGACGUCGACCAUCCGGGCCUGACGAACCAGUUUUUGAUCAACUCCAGCUCCGAGCUGGCGCUGAUGUACAACGAUGAGUCGGUACUGGAGAACCACCAUCUAGCCGUUGCCUUCAAGCUCAUGCAGAACGACGACUGCAACAUCCUGCGCAACCUGCCCAAGAAGCAGCGCGCCACCUUCCGAAAGAUGGUCAUCGACAUGGUGCUGUCGACCGAUAUGUCCAAACACAUGACGCUGCUGGCGGACCUGAAGACGAUGGUGGAAACGAAGAAGGUAGCGAUCUCGGGCAACCAGGGCCCAUCGUCGGCGGAGCCGCGGGCCGGCGGCAGUGGCGUUCUGCUGCGGCUGCUGGACAGCUACACCGACCGCAUCCAGGUGCUGCAGAACCUGGUGCACUGCGCCGACCUGAGCAACCCGACCAAGCCGCUCCCGCUGUACCGGCGCUGGGUGCGCCGGCUGAUGGAGGAGUUCUUCCGCCAGGGCGACCGGGAGCGGGCGGCCGGCAUGGACGUGUCGCCGAUGUGCGACCGGCUGUCGGCCACGGUCGAGAGCUCGCAGGUCGGGUUCAUCGACUACAUCGUGCACCCGCUGUGGGAGGCCUGGGCCGAGCUGGUGCGCCCGGACGCGCAAGACAUCCUGGACCGGCUGGAGGACAACCGGGCCUACUACCAGGCGCUCAUCCCGCCACCCUCGCCCCCGGUACAGGAGCCGGCGCAGGGCGACGACGACGGCCAAGACCAACGGCCGUUAGCCAGUAAACCGCUGGAUCCACCGCCACUCCCCGUCGAUCCACAGACACUGGCUGCCAGGUUGCGUUUUCAGAUGACCCUGGCAGAGAACGACGAGGAAGAGGACGAACCGAAGCCGAACGAGGACGAUUAG